CAGUGUUGUGACUUAGGCUACCACGCUAGCCUGAACCGGGCGCUACGCACCUUCCUCUCCGCUGAGUUGAAUCUGGAGCAGUCAAAGCACGAGGGUCUGGAUGCCAUCGAGAAUGCUGUGGAGAACCUGGAUGCCACCAGUGACAAGCAGCGCCUCAUGGAGAUGUACAACAAUGUCUUCUGCCCACCCAUGAAGUUUGAGUUCCAGCCCCACAUGGGGGACAUGGCUUCCCAGCUCUGUGCCCAGCAGCCUGUGCAGAGCGAGCUGGUGCAGAGAUGCCAGCAACUGCAGUCUCGCCUCUCCACUCUGAAGAUCGAGAACGAGGAGGUAAAGAAGACGAUGGAAGCCACUCUGCAGACCAUCCAGGACAUUGUGACUGUUGAGGAUUUUGAUGUGUCCGACUGCUUCCAGUACAGCAACUCUAUGGAAUCCGUCAAGUCCACGGUCUCAGAAACCUUCAUGAGCAAGCCCAGCAUCGCCAAGAGGAGAGCCAACCAGCAAGAGACGGAGCAGUUCUAUUUCACGGUGAGGGGGCUCAGUGGCUCUGGAGGAACCCCUGCAGCCCACAGGGAGACUUGGAACCUGGAGCCCUUGUCAAAUGUUGGAAGCGCAGUCUUUGAAUAUCUUGAUUUGGAUCUGGGCAUAUUCGGAGACCAUUCCUCAACUUCAGUUAAGACACAGAUAUCUCUAAGUUGUAUGUGUCUAACAGGGACCCCCAAGAGAAGGGUGCUCCCAUGUACACUGCCAGGAAGAAAAGGAAUUUUCUUUUUUUCCUUCCCCCAGAAGACUUUUUUUUUUUUAAGAAUUUUUGUUAAGCAUCUAGUAGGCUUCUGUUGGAACGUUUCCUUCUCAGCCAUAGGGGGGUCACGAAAGGAGACCUUUAUUUCUUAGUUCUUGGGAACUACAUCCAAAUAUUCUGGCUAACACCCAUCUUAUUUCUAAAGUUGAUAAUCUCUGCUAGGUGAUGCAAUGACUUUUUUUAUAAUUUUUGCUGAUGGGAAACUAUCUUUCAUAAUUAUGACUAAAAUUCAAAAGGACAGGUAAUGUGCAGGGUCAGUGGUUUGCAGAGAAUUCCAAAACACUGUAUUUCCUUAUCCAUGUAUCUCCCACUCUUCUGUUAGACAAACGGACCCAGUUUUUU